UACUGGCCCGGAAUCCCGGCUAGAAGGAAGGGGCAUGGUCAGGUUGGAUGUUGCGGGGAGGUUAAGCCACAGCCACGGUGGGCGGGGCUUAGCUAUCCCGAAGGCGGCCUGGGUCACCAGGGGCAGGUUAGGUGAAAAGGCUGGCCGGGCUUAGCGAGAAGAGGAGGCUUGGAAGCCCCAUUUACGCGCGAGGGCGGAGUCUCGAGCCGUUUGGGCUGACGCUGCGUCGGGGGCGGGGCUUUGCGCCGUCUUGGUGGACGCUGCGCCGGGGGCGGGGCUGGUGGGCGCGAGCUCCAAGAUGGCGGUGGCCAGUGCGGCCGCGCCGGCUGUGAACGUGUUUUCGUUCCGCGAUGUCCGGGCCGCGCCUGAUCCGGUGCUGGAGGCCGGCCCAGUGGCACACGGGCCACUACCGGUGCCAUUAGUGCUGGACAACGGGUCGUUCCAGGCCCGCGCCGGCUGGGCGUGCCCGGGGCCGGACCCGGGCCCUGAACCCCGGCUGCAGUUCCGCGCCGUGUGCGCCCGCGGGCGGGGCGGGGCUCGUGGCGGAGCAGGCCCGCAGGUGGGCAACGCGCUGGGCAGCCUGGAGCCGCUGCGCUGGAUGCUCCGGUCGCCCUUCGACCGCAACGUGCCGGUGAACCUGGAGCUGCAGGAGCUGCUGCUUGACUACAGCUUCCAGCAUCUGGGUGUCUCCUCACAGGGCUGUGUCGAUCAUCCCAUAGUUUUGACAGAAGCCGUGUGCAACCCACUGUAUUCACGACAAAUGAUGUCAGAGCUUCUCUUUGAGUGCUAUGGGAUUCCUAAGGUUGCCUACGGAAUAGACAGCCUCUUCAGCUUCUACCACAAUAAGCCAAAGAGCUUGAUUUCCAGCGGGCUCAUCAUUUCAUCUGGAUACCAGUGUACACAUAUUUUACCCGUCUUAGAAGGGAGGUUAGAUGCUAGAAACUGCAAACGCAUCAAUCUGGGAGGAAGCCAAGCAGCUGUCUACCUCCAGCGUCUCCUGCAGCUGAAGUACCCUGGGCACCUGGCGGCCAUCACUCUCAGCCGCACGGAGGAGAUCCUGCACGAGCACAGCUACAUCGCGGAGGACUACGUGGAAGAAUUGCAGAAAUGGCGGUGCCCCGAUUACUACGAAGACAACGUCCACAAGAUGCAGCUCCCGUUCUCCAGCAAGCUGCUGGGCAGCACCCUGACCUCCGAGGAGAAGCAGGAGAGGCGGCAGCAGCAACUGCGGCGGCUGCAGGAGCUCAACGCCCGGCGGCGGGAGGAGAAGCUGCAGCUCGACCAGGAGCGGCUGGACCGGCUGCUCUACGUGCAGGAACUUCUAGAGGAAGGCCAGAUGGAUCAGUUUCACAAAGCUCUGAUGGAGCUGAACAUGGACUCCCCAGAAGAGCUGCAGUCCUACAUACAGAAGCUCAGUUCAGCGGUGGAGCAAGCUAAGCAGAAGAUCCUUCAAGCAGAGGUCAACCUCGAGGUGGAUGUGGUGGAGAGCAAGCCAGAGACCCCGGACCUGGAGCAGCUCGAGCCGUCUCUGGAAGACGUGGAAAACAUCAACGACUUCGAGCCCUUGUUUUCAGAGGAAACGCCCGAAGUGGAGAAGCCAGUGGCCACAGUCCAGCCCGUGUUUAACUUGGCAGCGUACCACCAGCUGUUUGUUGGGACAGAAAGAAUUCGAGCUCCAGAAAUCAUCUUCCAGCCGUCCCUCAUAGGAGAAGAGCAGGCAGGCGUAGCGGAGACGCUCCAGUACGUCCUAGACAGGUUCAGCUGGCCUCGAACCCUGUGCUGGAUGCCUGGUACGGUGCUCGUGACUGGGCCCUGGACCACCUGGACGACGAAGAUGUCUGGAUCACCAGGAAGGAAUACGAGGAGAAGGGAGGUGGCUACCUCAAGGAGCACUGUGCCUCCAAUGUUUACGUCCCCAUCCGCCUGCCCAAGCAGGCCUCACGCUCCUCAGAAGCCCAGGCAUCAGGCAAAGGCUCGGGGGCCAGUGGAGGCGGUGCCAGCGAGCAGGCGUAGCCGAGGGGCCCCUCCAGAGACCUUCAGCCACGUCGGCCAGUGUGACAGGGCAGUGACUCUGUCAGAUGUGCCCGACCCGAGUCGGCUGGGAACAUUUGGCUACAAGAUGGAUUUCUUUCUCCUGCGGAGAACAGUUAAGAGCCACUGGGAGCUACCCUUCAGAAGUGUGUUCAUCUGGGGACAUCUGCAGUGAAGGGACUGUAAGAGGCUGCUGGCUUUGCUGAGCUGUGAAUGAAGACAGUAUGGGGGACGGGGAUGCAUGAGCUGCACAGGCUUCCUCCUCCCUGCGUUUUAAAGCCUUUUUUGUUUUUUGGGGUUUUUUUUAAUCCUUUAAAUUUUGUACUGUCAGUGUAGAUAUUCUUCCAAAUUUAUUAAAAAUUGUGUAGAUGCC